GCCGCGAGAACUGCAUUACUGACGACGUGUGUUAUUCGACGGUGUCUGAGCCUGUGAUCACCACACCAGGAUUGACCCACGUUUCGAACUCUGAGCGCUUCAAUAUCUGAUUCCGAUGUCGGGAGAUAUCGCCGCGGAGGUGCAGAAAAAAUGCACUGUCUCAGAGCAAAAGGCCGUGGGGAGUCCAGAAUACAUAGAACCCAGAUUGAAACUCUGGGAGAAAUUCAAGGCGGAGAGUGAGGCUCAGUUCGCAGCGAAAACCCCUGGCGCCAUCAAGGUCACUUUACCCGAUGGCAAGAUCGUCGAAGCGCAGUCAUGGCGUACCACACCGUACGAAAUCGCGUGUGGGAUCUCCAAGGGUCUGGCGGAUAAUUGCGUGAUCUCGAAAGUCAAUGGUGUCCUCUGGGAUCUCGACAGACCGCUCGAAGUUGACUGCGAUCUCAAGCUGCUCAAGUUCGACGAUGCCGAAGGCAAAGAGGUCUACUGGCACUCCACGGCUCACGUGCUCGGUGAAGCCAUGGAAAAUACGUACCAUGGGUGUUUGUGUUAUGGACCACCAAUCGAGAACGGGUUCUACUACGAUAUGGCUCUCCCGGAGGGACGACCGGGAGUAGGUCCGUCCGACUUCCCCCAUAUCGAGAAGCAAAUGAAUCAGUUCAUCAAAGAGAAGCAGCCGUUCGAGCGACUGGAGCUCACCAAGGCUCAACUUCUCGAGAUGUUUGCCUACAAUCCCUUCAAAGUUCGGAUCCUGAACGAGAGAAUAACUACACCCUCUACGACAGUGUACCGUUGCGGUUCGCUGAUUGAUUUGUGUCGUGGUCCCCAUGUCCGUAACACCGGAAAGAUCAAGGCGUUCCAGUUGACGAAAAGCUCAUCGUCGUACUGGGAGGGCAAAGCCGACGCCGAGGCUCUGCAGCGAAUCUACGGUAUUUCAUUCCCGGACAAGAAGCUCCUCAAAGAAUGGCAGCACUUCCAGGAGGAGGCUGCUAAGAGAGACCACCGAAAACUCGGCCGAGAGCAGGAGCUUUUCUUCUUCCACGAACUUUCUCCAGGAUCGUGUUUCUUCCUACCGAACGGCGCUCACAUCUACAAUACCCUCGUGGAAUUCAUCCGCACCGAAUACAGGAAACGCGGUUUCAAUGAAGUGGUUUCACCGAAUAUCUACAACGUGAAGCUCUGGGAAACAUCUGGCCAUUGGCAGCACUACAAGGAGAACAUGUUCUCGUUCGACUGCGAGAAAGACACGUACGCUUUGAAACCGAUGAAUUGUCCCGGUCACUGUAUCAUGUUCGAUGUCAGGAACCGUUCCUGGAGAGAACUGCCCUUGAGACUCGCUGAUUUCGGAGUUCUGCACCGAAACGAGCUCAGUGGUACUUUGACCGGCCUCACGAGAGUACGCAGAUUCCAGCAAGACGACGCUCAUAUUUUCUGCACUGUCGAUCAGAUCUCCCAAGAGAUUGAGGGAGCGUUGGACUUUUUGAGGAACGUGUACGAAGUCUUCGGCUUCACAUUCGAAUUGAAGCUGUCGACGAGGCCCGAGGGAUACCUCGGUGAACUGGAACUCUGGAAUCAGGCUGAGAAACAACUGGCCGAGUCCCUGGACAAAUUCGGACAGAAGUGGUCGCUUAAUCCCGGCGAUGGAGCUUUCUAUGGACCGAAGAUCGACAUCACCAUCCAGGACGCACUCCGACGUAACUUCCAGUGUGCAACGAUCCAGUUGGAUUUCCAGCUUCCCAUCCGAUUCAAUUUGAAUUACGUGAGCGAAACCGGGGACAAGAAACACCCUGUAAUGAUUCACAGAGCCAUACUCGGAUCUCUCGAGCGAAUGAUCGCCAUACUCACGGAAAACUACGGCGGGAAAUGGCCGUUCUGGCUCAACCCCCGGCAAGCAGUCGUCGUUCCCGUCGGACCUCAAUUCGACGAGUAUGCUCUCCAAGUGAAAGCGCAGCUGUUCGACGCGGGCUUCAAAUGCGACGCCGAUCUCACGGAAGGCAAUACGUUGAAUAAGAAGAUCCGCAACGCGCAACUGGCUCAAUACAACUUCAUCCUGGUUGUCGGCGAGAAGGAAAAGACGGCGGGCACCGCGAAUGUCAGAACUCGGGACAACAAGGUCCACGGCGAGUUUUCUAUCAAAGAUAUCUCGCAACGCUUCGCGAAACUGAGGCAAGAAAAGUCGAAGGAUUCUGAGAACGACUUCUGAGAACUUAGGAACCGACGAUGACUCUCUCUAAUUUAAUAAAGAUUGCUGAUUCAGAAUCUAA